AUGAAGAAAGCGCAAUGUGGUUUCACGAAGGAAAAGAGCACCAUCGACGCUCUGCACAAUCUACAACAGCAAAUACACCAUAACAAGCAGCAAGGUCUCCACACGUGUGCUAUCUCCUCGGACGUGACGUCGGCUUUCAACCAACUAUGGUGGCCAGCCCUCAGGGAUCAACUCAAACAUCUUCAAUGCCCUAAGAAUCUCUUUCGGAUCAUAGGUAGUUAUCCUCACAAUCGAAAAGUCACUUACCAGCAAGACGGGGUCAGUGUCACUCACGAUUAUUACAGAGGCGCUCCCCAUGGGUCCAGUAUUGGCCCAAAAUUGUGUAAUCUCAUUGCGAAUACUGCAUUAGAUCUAUAUUUCGAAGGAAAUGCACAAAUACAGGCCUACGCCAACGGUUUUAUCCUAAUCAUUCAAGGAGGUAAUCGCACUGAAAUACAAAACAAAGCGAAAAAGGCAUUAGAUCUUAUCACUGACUGGAGCUUCAAACUCAAGCUUAAAUUCAGCAUCGAUAAGACAAAAAUGAUCACCUUUACAAAGGGUAAUAAACUUGUAAAUAGUCCACCUCGUAUUAAAUGGCAGGGCCGUGCACUAAAAAAUGAAGUUACUUUAAAAUAUCUAGGAUUCUUACUUGAUAGAAAACUCACCUGGGUACCGCACUUAACAAUGAUACGAGAUAAAACCUGCAAUCUUAUUAAUAUCUUAAAUCGCACUGUCACAGGUAAAUGGAAUCUAAAAGGGAAACUUUUGAAAGAACUAUAUCUGCGGGGCAUUGAAAGGAUGAUCCUUUACGGCUCCCCCCAUCUGGAUGACUGGCACGAUCUCAAAGCAGAAACUGAGUGUGGUACUUAUAGGUUAGUUCAUUUUAAGGACUCCUUCCAGCUAGAUGACUCUUCAUUCAUAGACCAGCGCUCCUUAGAACCACAUUGCCACUAUACUCCCGUCCACCCAUCUCUCACGAAAGAUAUAAAAUGGCUUAAACAUAUACCAAAAGGACAGGACUUAGAAAUAUCUUCUGAUGGCUCUAAAGUUUCAGAGCAAGUAGGUGCAGCCUAUGUCGCUUUCUACAACACUACAGAAAUCCACUCAGCACGGUUCAGACUUAGCGACCACGCCUCGGUUUUCCAGGCUGAGUCCUUCGCUUUAAAGAAGGCACUCUCUGGGCAGGCAACACCAUUUUUCCAUCCAUCAGCUUCAACACGGACAGCACUGAACAAGAACGGCACACAAGCCUUCCACAUCUCUUCAUUAAAAGAAGUGCUUAUUACCUUGUCUUCUUCCAGGCAAGUGUCUCUAUGCUGGGUACGUAGUCAUCAAGGUACCCAAGGUAACGAAAGGGCCGACUCUUUAAAUAAAGAACCCACAAGUCACCCCUUCAUCGACUCAGAGAUACCACCUUCCAUAGUCGCUGCUAAACACAAGAUCUUCUGCGCCUUCAUGUCGAUCUGGCAAGCUCGCUGGGACGACUCAGAAAUCACCGGUCGACAUACCUAUUCCACCUUUCCCGUGGUUUCCACCAAAAAGGCUCAAACCGGAUUUCUAUCUACAAGCUUUCACAAAUCACGGAAGAUUUGCUGCGUACCUCAGCAGAUUCUACCAUCAAAACGUAAAAUGUGCCUGCGGUGCUUCAGCUUCUUUAGCAGACUUUUCAUUCCAUCCACGACUGUCAUCACUUCUCCUCAGAGCUUCCUUCCGCUCAUAUCGCAUCCUCAAUUUCAAAUUCUAUACACUAUAUAA